UGCAGAGGUAGAAACAGUGUGGUGGGGAGGCACUUUGUUACAGUUCUAGGGUAAAAAAUAACGAAUAAAAAGAAUACAGGAAAGCAGUACGGUAUUUCAGAAGGCUGUGGGAUGUCAGUGAAACAAAACCAAGGUAGGGCACAGCAUUGCGUGUCAAAACAAACAAGAAGUCAAUCUGUUUCAGUGACUCCAUUGUAAAGCCUGUAACCUUGCUGCAUCGGAUUCACUUCACCCAGAACAAAGCUCUGUCACCGCGACGCUUUGUCCCCUCCUGUCUGCAGAAGAAACCGAACAUUUGCGCUGUCUACAUUAUGCAGAGAAAGAGGCCACACGCUGACGUAUCAGAUUUAGAAAGAAGUAACAUGGAUGUUUCUCUAAUGUGCUGUUGAAAAAAUCCUCUGUGAAAGGAAGCUUCAUCUGAAAAGCUGAUAUUCAUGAGAAAGCAGUACCAUACCUGCUGACAGCACUGUUGAAUUUUGUACGGGUUGGUUUGUCCUGUUUUUAAUACAAAAUGGAGACCCUUUCCCAAGACUCUAUUUUGGAAUGUCAGAUUUGCUUCAACUAUUUCAGCCAUCGGCGCAGACCAAAACUCCUAGACUGCCAGCACACAUGCUGCUCUGUGUGUCUCACUCAGAUGAGGACCAGUCAAAAGCAGAUUAGAUGCCCAUGGUGCCGAGGGGUCACCAAGCUGCCAGCAGGAUUCUCUAUCUCUCAGCUCCCAGAUGACCCAGAUAUUAUCGCUGUCAUUGCCAUCCCACAUGCCUCAGAACACACCCCGGUCUUCAUCAGGCUGCCUAGCAACGGUUGCUACAUGCUGCCCCUCCCCAUAGCCACGGAAAGAGCUCUAUUGCCUGGAGACUUGGGUUGCCACUUGUUGCCAGGCAGCCAGCAAAAGGGAGUCACUGUGGUGACAGUUCCCCAGCAGCAGCCCUUGCAGGACGGGCCAGGCCCUGACAGUGAAGAAGAGGAGGCAGAGAGACAGAGAGGUGUGAAAAGUUCCACUUGGUCCGGGGUCUGCACUGUGAUACUGGUAGCCUGUGUUCUUCUGUUUCUGCUUGGCAUCGUCUUGCAUAACAUGUCCUGCAUCUCAAAGCGGUUUACUGUUAUCUCCUGUGGCUGAGGCUCAGCUUGAAAGAAAGGCUCGAUGUGUGCACACGAUAACCUGGGUGGGGGCUGAAGUGACUGUUGGGACUUCACUGAAAACAGUAGUUUACGCAGCCCAAUGCUAAGCAUUCACAAGCACUGGGCUGCAGAUAUUAGCACAGGAACCCACCCUAAGAAAGUAAAACAGAAUGUGCUUAAGAAGGCAUCAGGAUUUAACUUUCAUUCCAUUCAGGUCUUGCAGUGGUGGAGAACAUUGCAUGCAUCAUUGCAAAACUGCAAUGCCUACAAUGAACAGUAGUGCAAAACAUCAUCACACUCUAAAUGUCGGAAAUAAAAAAAAAAAAAUGUCCUGUGCUUAGUUGGAGAUGCAGUAUACAAUAUCUAGAUGCAGUUUCCCUUGUAAUUGGUGCUGCAGUAUCUAAAUAUUUAGAAUCAGUUUCAAUUAAGGUGUUGUGCUUUAGGGAUAACUAAAUGCUGAUUAAUGUGAAUUUUCUUCCCAUUCCUUGACAAAAAAAAAGUUAGUAUUGAUGUUGCUAAAGCUUACAUUGUUACAUGUACUGCAUUACAGUAUACAUUGGUAGAAUGUCAUUUAUAAACAAGGGAACACAAUAGUAUAUCAAUACCAGCAUUUUAGGUGCAAGCACAGAUCUUUACUUAAAAACAAUGCAACCUUGUAACCAAUGUUCCGUUUUUGGUGCAAUAAGAUUUUUACUUGGCAUUGUUUUCUCUCUAUGUCUGUCAGAUUGGAUUCUAGAGAAACGUGUGUUCAUAGAAUAAAAAGCGAGUGCAAAGAAAGAUGCUUUGCUUUAAUGCUGUGAUCCUGCCUGACUGCAUGCAGAUCAUCUGUGCAUUAAUGCACUGUCGUUAUUAGCAUCUUCAGGAAGUCAAGGCAUGACCGCUUUUGAUUCAGGAAACAACAUUGUUGAACCCAUUUCCUCUUUAUGUUGAGCAGUUUCGGAUUUGGGUGGCUUUAUUUAGGACGAGGAACUGUCUUUUAUUACUUGUACAUUUUAGCUGUGGGAAAGAUAAAGAACAUACAAGUCACAGUAAGACUGGUGUAGUAGUGUUUCAACCUCAACUGCCAGCUGUUUUAUGUGUUUUGUCAUUUGUGUUGUGCCAAAUUUCUCGAGCAGUUAUACAAUAUAAUUCCUGCAUAACUUCAAAAUUCUCAAUCAAAUUAUAAGGUAAAUCUUAAAAAAAUUGAAUCAAUAUACUGAUUUUCUUAUAUGUGGUCUUUUCAUUAUAUCAGUUAGGAAGGUGUGGCCAACCCCUUCCUAAUUAAUAUAUAAAAAUAACGCAUGCAGUUUUAAUCACUUGAAGUCACUUGCCAAACAUUGGUCUACUUGAAUUAGUUUGACCUUAUACGGUGUAAAAGCAAUGGAAUCUAUGAAAAAACAACAAAAAGGGUUUAUUUAACUUGUAAUCAAAACAGAAGAUUGUAUGUAUUAUUAAUUUCAAUCUCCUGAGAUAUUUAUCAAAUAACAAUGAGCUUCCUCGGACAAAGCUCCCAGGGGUACAGUGCAUGAUAGAAGUAAUUUGUGUUUUGAAAACGGUAAGGGUAGGUCUUAACAAGUGAUAUUCAUCUAUAACUAUGUAUCUCAGUGGUUAGAGAGUAGUAGUAUUGUCAUUUUACAAGAAAUGCUGUUGUGUGAUAGGAGUAUGUGGGUUUAUAGAAAUUAAGUAGAUUCCUGACGUAAUUUAUAAAAUGCUGGGAAGUUUUUAAAUUAAUCCCCUGAUCCACUGGUAGCAAAGCCAUUUGCACAGAUUUGAUUGCUUGUUUAUAGUGAUUCGAAGCAAUACCAGUACUUCGCUGCCUGGUUUGAAAAUGAUUCAUGAUUAUUGAUGAUCCAUGAUGAUUAUGCCAAGGCUGGUUGGUAGUGGAACAAUGUAGCUCUGGAAUACAGUCACCGUUGACGGCAGCCCAGUUCAAUAUGUUGCUUUAAGUGGAAUAUGAAUUCGAAAGUGACCAGCUACAAACAGAGCAAUGUAUGUAAUUCUUUUAUUUCAAAUGAAACUCAUAUGUGAAGUCUUUUGUUUCAGAAAAUAAUGCAAUUUUUUGUUUGGUUGGUACUGUAAAAUGCAUUAUUAAACUGCCCUCCAGAUUCACCAUUUCCCCUUUCAAUGCCAUGCAGGUUAACAUCUUGUUCCAGUAGUCAAGAUUCAUGUUUUUUUUUUCAGAUUUGGGUCAGUAAUGAUAAUUAUGUGACAUUUUGAUCCAAAAAUAUGGUCUACCCAAAUGAUCUUCAAAAAGGAUAUUUUUUCAUUUAAUAGACAAUUUGAUGCAACUCUUGGUUUUUAGUUAUUUUACCCCUUGAAUUAGUUUUUUCUUUCAAUGUAAUGUGGUAUGAAUUAUACCAAUUAUACUGUUUUCCUGCCAAUUCAAAAUGUUACUCAAAUAUGUGUUAAUAUUUUUAAAGCGGAGUCAAAUAUUUCUCCCUGCACUAAUACUCGAUUCUUAGAAGUCAAAUUGGUUUGCAGUAAUGUACGUGCUGACUAAAAUAUAAACUUCUGGAAGCUUAUCUUAUUCUCAAAUGAAUCCAGGCUCUGCCAGCCUUGUAGACAUUUGACUUAACUGGUCUUGUGUGAAAUGGCAGUAAAUCAUAAACUGCUCAAUGCCUUAAAGUGAUAUGAGCAUUUUGGUCACUAUACGUACGGGGGGGGG